AUGGGCAAGAGAAAGGCUGGCGGUCGCCCCGCUUCAAAGGCUGAAGCCCCUGCUCGCACCAAGUUUGACAUCGAAGAGCGAUUCGAAGAUUCCGAAGACGAGUUCCAGGCCGGCCGCGACCAUAUUCUGCUAGACGAAGCCCCCGAGGCCAAGCGACGCCGAAGAGUUGCAGAGGAGGAGGAGGCACUUGAGGAAUCCGAGGAAGAGAUUCUUGGCUAUGAUGAAGUCGACGAAGAUGAUCUCGAAGAGUCAGAGGAUGAAGAUGACGAAUACGACGACAUGGGCUUAAAGAAGAAGAAGUCAGAAGACUCGGAGGAAGAAGAUGGAAUCGCAGAAUGGGGUACAUCAAAGAAAGAUCUCUACGAUGCGGACCAGAUCGAGACCGAAGUCGAUGCGCUAGAGGAGGAGAAAGAGGCCAAGCGACUGCAACAGAAGCAAUUACAGGCUAUGGACGAGGCGGACUUUGGUUUUGAUGAGUCCGAAUGGGCCGAUGCUGGCAAGGAGGAUGAGGCAAAGGACGGCGACUUUACAGAAGUCCUUCCACAGCUGGAAAUCACCGAAGACAUGUCCUCCGAGGACAAGCUAAAGAUCUUGAAAUCGAGGUAUCCAGAGUUCGAGCCUUUAGCUAAAGACUACGUCGAUCUUCAAUCAACCUACAAGGAUCUAGAAAAAGAGGCAGCCAAGGCCCCGAAAUCCACAGUUGACACAGACGAAUCUCAACCUACACAUGUGUCCAUUGUGAAACUCCGUGCUCUGUCAACAUACCUCGGUGUGAUCAACAUGUACUUCAUGCUUCUCGCUUCGUCCUCCGAGGACGCUUCAAAUCCCGUCCCUAUGUCCCCCGUCGAACUCCGACAACAUCCUGUUAUGGGCUCUCUGGUCAAAUUCCGAAAAAUGUGGGAGAAGGUCAAGGAUAUUGAGGUUCAGGAAGUCGUUCAAGUCAUUAAGAAGUCUCCGGCCAAGACUGAAUCCACCAAGGUUGAGAAACAACCCACAAAGACCAAGGAGAUCAAGAAGGUCAAACAGACGAAGUCUCAGAGCAAGGCUGAACGCGCCGCUGCUGAGGCUGAGGCUCUUCGCGCAGACCGAUUGCGGGAGAACGAGGAGGGUCUGGCUGAUCUCGAUGACCUGGUCACAGAGCCUACUCGCAAACGCAAGACACAGAAGACCAAGACUGUUACCCAGGACGAUGAAUCCGAUUUCGGAGAUGAGGAUGCGCUCACAGCUCGGGAGGCUGAGGAGAAGCAGAAGCAGAAGCGCUCUCUGCGCUUCUACACCUCUCAGAUCGCUCAGAAGGCCAACAAGCGUAACGCUGCAGGCCGCGAUGCUGGUGGUGAUGCUGAUAUUCCAUACCGUGAACGUCUUAAGGACCGACAAGCCCGUCUUAACGCCGAAGCAGAGAGACGUGGUCGCCAAGGAGCUGAUAUCGGCCAAGAGUUGGGUGGUGACAGCGACGAGGAAGAUCACCGCGUUGCAAAGGAAAUGCGCAAGCCUGGUUCGAAUGAUGACGAGUAUUACGACAUGAUUGCGGCCCGGGGCAAGCAGCGCAAGGAUGAUAAGAAGGCUCGCUCUGAUGCUCAUGCCGAAGCUGCUCGCCUGGGUGGUCGUGUUGAGAUACAGGAAGCGGUUGGAGAGGAUGGAAAGCGUGCUAUCACCUACCAGAUUGAGAAGAACAAGGGUCUCAUGGCUAAGCGUAGCAAGGAUUCGCGCAACCCGCGUGUCAAGAAGCGCAAGAAGUUCGAGGAGAAGAAGAAGAAGCUUGGCAGUAUCCGACAGAUCUAUAAGGGUGGUGAGAGCCGUGGUGGAUAUGGUGGUGAACUUACAGGUAUCAAGAAGAACCUGGUCAAGAGUGUCAAGCUUUAA